AUGCAGAGGAACCAGAGUGCAAUCACAGGAUUCAUCCUGCUGGGCUUUGGAGACCUCCAUCAUCUGCAGAUCUUCCACUUCCUGGUGUUUCUGGUGAUCUACAUCUUGACCAUGGCUGCCAAUAUCCUCACUAUCCUUCUGAUAGUGACUGAUCAACAUCUUCACACACCCAUGUACUUCUUCCUUGGGAAUUUGUCCUGCUUAGAGACAUUCUACAGCUCAACCACCCUACCCCGAAUGCUGACUAGUCUCCUGACAGGGGAUAAAACCAUCUCUGUUGAAGGCUGUUUCACACAACUAUAUUUCUUUGCUUUCCUGAUUGGUACAGAAUGUUACCUCCUCUCUGUAAUGUCUUAUGAUCGCUUCUUAGCCAUAUGCAAACCUCUACAUUAUGUAACUCGUAUGAAUAGCAAGCUCUGCAUCCAAUUAGCCAGUGGCUCUUGGAUCAAUGGCAUCAUAUUUACUUCUAUAUAUUUGGCCUUGGUAUUGCAGCUACAUUAUUGUGAUUCCAUUGAAAUUGACCAUUUCUUUUGUGAGUCUCUUGCAUUGAUUAACAUCUCAUGCAGUGAUGCUAGGCUUGUGAAAUUUGCCGGCAUAAUCUUGGCUUUUGCAUUUACUUUCCCGCCUUUUCUCUUGACCCUGAUCUCCUACAUAUAUAUUAUUACUACCAUUUUAAAAAUCCCAUCAACCACUGGGAGGCAAAAAGCCUUCUCCACCUGUUCUUCUCACUUAAUCAUUGUUUCUAUUUUCUAUGGGGCAUUGAUUAUUGUGUAUCUGACACCAAAAACUGAAACAAUGAAAGACCUUAGCAAAAUCUUUUCUCUGUUGUACACAGUCCUUCCCCCCUUAAUCAACCCCCUUGUAUAUAGCCUGAGAAACCAGGAUGUUAAGGAAGCUUUAAGGAAGGCUGCUAGAAAAGUUUUAGAAUUGUGA